GCGAAAUGUCACAUUUCGACGUGUUCAAAUAGCACCGGAGUUUGCGGAGAAAGAAGACCUCCUCUGAAACACAACCAGCGGCUGAUGUCAAAGCAUGCUCCUCUCGCUUAUUCGCACCAAUAAGUGAGCCGUAUUAUUUAUUUUUUCGUGCUUUUUUUUUUUUUUUUUUUUUUUUUUUUUUUUGCCAUCAUGGGGACCGCGUUAGCUGUGGUCCUUGUUUUUGUCGGCUGCUGCAGCAAUGUGGUGUCUCUGGAGCUGCUGGUCAGAGAGUUUCCAGGAUGUGGCAACAUAGUCACCUUUGCUCAGUUCCUCUUUAUUGCCUUAGAAGGUUUCAUUUUUGAAACUAAAUUUGGGAGAAAAAAACCAGCUAUUCCUAUCAGUAACUAUUUUAUUAUGGUGACUAUGUUCUUCACUGUCAGUGUGAUCAACAACUAUGCUCUUAACUUUAACAUCGCCAUGCCAUUACACAUGAUCUUCAGAUCAGGAUCGCUAAUAGCCAACAUGAUCCUGGGAAUAAUCAUCCUGAAGAAGAGGUACUCAGCCAGCAAAUACCUCUCUAUUGUUCUAGUUUCCACCGGUAUCUUCAUAUGCACCAUCAUGUCAGCCAAACAAGUGCAUGAGGUGUCCGGUGAUGGAUCGGAGGAGCAAGGGAUUUAUGCCUUUAUGCACUGGCUUAUUGGCAUCGCCAUGUUGACCUUUGCCCUGCUGAUGUCUGCGAGGAUGGGCAUUUUCCAGGAGACGCUCUACAAGCAGUACGGGAAGCACUCCAAGGAGGCGCUCUUCUAUAACCACUGCCUGCCUCUGCCCGGUUUCCUGCUUCUGGCCUCCAACAUCUACAACCACUGCAUCCUCUUUAAUCAGAGCACUCCCGUUCUUGUUCCUGUGGUCGGCCUGACCAUGCCGACAAUGUGGCUCUACCUGCUGAUCAAUGUCGUCACACAGUAUGUGUGCAUCCGUGGCGUCUUUAUCCUGACCACAGAGUGCACUUCGCUGACCGUCACCCUGGUGGUGACCCUCAGAAAGUUCAUCAGCCUCAUCUUCUCCAUCCUUUACUUCCAAAACCCCUUCACCGCCUGGCACUGGGUGGGCACAGCUGUGGUUUUCAUUGGCACCCUGCUGUACACGGAGGUUUGGAGCAGCGUGCAGGCGGCUCUGUGGGGGGCUGGAGUCAAGGAGAAGAAGGCAGAGUGACGAAGGAGAGACUGUCGGCAGAUUGUAAAGGAGAAGAAAGAAAGAAAAAAAAUCUGCCCUCUUGGGCAAAUUUGAAAUGUUUUUAAAUCUCCUGUGGUAGUUUUAUACAAAUACGGUCAUUUUGUUGUCGUACUUGAUCCUACAUGUUUUACCGACUGCAGUUUAAGGGAGGUGCUGAUGAUGAUCUGCUUUUCAGUGAUUAAAUGUCAUGAAAAGACCAAAAAUGGUGGACGCCAAAUCUUUUGCAACCCCAUCAGCGUCCACUGAUGGGGUUGCAGACGUCAUGAAUCGUCAAUUGCUUUUAUGACGCUUCCUUAGCCACAUUUUGCCACCUGAGCUGCUCUGUUGGAAUGAGAUCUGGAGACUGGAAACCGCUGAAGUACACCAAACUCAAUUUCAUGUUUGUAAGAAGCCAGUGUGGGAUGAUCUGCGCUUUGUGACGUGGUGCAUCGUCCUGUUUGAAGCAGCCAUCAGAAGAGAGGUACACUCUGGUCAUAAAGGGACAGAUGUGAUCACCAGCCAUAAUCACGUUGGCUGUUUUAAACAAUGCUCAGUUUGCAGUCAGAGGUUCAUGACACCACCGUCAUCAGUCUGAGCGGUUGUGCUGGUUGGAUGCGUAUUGUCACGAUACUGAUGCAGGAUUCUGACCCCACUGUCUGAAUGUCGCAGCUGGCUUUGGUCGCUUUUGUUCGCUCUGCGCUAAUUUUAGCCUCGGUUUCUUGUUGUUAGUUGGCAGAAGCGGCGCACGGUGUGGUCCUCUGCUGCUGUAGCCCAUCUGUUUAAAGUUUUAUAUGCUGUAGCACUGAUAGCUGAGUUUACUGGACGCACUUAUGCAUAACCAGCGUCUCCUUUCACAGUAACAAGACCACCAAAGUUUUGACUUUCUUCCCUAUGCUCAUGCUCAUUUUGAACUUCAGUGCCAUCAUUCGUGCCAGCAAGCUGUUGCACUCAAAAGCACAGAGGUUUUGUCGACAUAGCUAGAGAGCUUGGGAAGAAGCGAUGGUUAUUUAGUUCAUUCAGAUCCGGAUCUGACCUCUUCAGCUCGCCAUCACCGCUCAGAACAUGCAGGUUGUAAGCUACUUACAACCUUUGAAUGGCCUAGUUAAAGUCUCUAAUGCAGCUCCAGUAGACAAGGGAGACCAACGAAUGGUUUUUAAACUGCAUAACAGUUUAGCCUUGCACUUUCAAGUUUUGCUCCUUCUGUUCCAGAAACCUUCAUGUUAGUAGCACUCCUCAGUACACUGCAUUCUUGCCCUAUAAGUGUUUAGACAUGACUUUUUUUUUUUAUGUAGCAGAUUAUUGCGAUUUGACAUCCUCCUACAGAGGAUGUCCUGCAUACACUAGGAUGCGUUUCGUCUGCCCAAGCGAGAAGCCAAUGUUGAGCUCACGAACACAUUGGCUCCGACGAAACAUGAAUCCAACAUUUUGGUCUUUUCAUAAUGUUUUUGUUUUUUUUUUUUUUUGCCAAAAAACACAACUGUCACCAAAUCUACCUUUUUGUUUUAGCAUUUGUACCUCAGUAGCAUCCAUUGACCGGCGGUGCAAUUUCUUUGUCUUGUCUGUAAUGAUGCUGUUUAGAGUUUUUUGUUAUUGUUUUGUUUUUGAAAGUGUGAGGUUAACCUGACAACCCUUGCAUAAUGAAUCAUGAGGAUGCAGGUUGUGGGUAUGGCUCCUUGCUCUUUAGACCAUGUUGUCUCGGGUGUGUUGGUCCAGAGUCAACAUCCUCUACACUCCACAUUAAACUGAUUUGAAUAAA